AUGCCUGAGACCCCGGCGGCCAGCGGGCUGGUCCAGGCCUCACAACACGGUGCAGGGCCGGUUCCAGAUCGCAGCUCUGCCGGCUGCCAGGCCGGGCUCCGGCCCCAGCACCAUGCUGCUCCCUGGCUGGCCUCCGUGCUCCUGUGGCGCCCCCGCCUGAGGGGAAAACAGGACACGGAUACUUCCUGGACGCAGGCAUGGAUAGGCACGAACCACUGCCUAUGCGGCCCCGAGUACAAAGGCCCGGACAAGGGCAGGGCCGGGCAGUCAGAGGGGACCCAUCAGCAGUCCCUUGUGCAGGCUGGAGGGGACCCUGCUACUGCCGAGGGGCUCAGCUUCCUGUGGCUGGGUGGGGAGAGCCCUGAGGUCCCAGAGGACGGUGGGGACAAUGGAGAGGCGGUGACAGAUGAGACUUUGCGUCUUCCCCAGACCAGCCAGGACCACCUUGCCCGGGAGCCAGAGUCCUCAGGGAGUAGAGAUGGCCGACUGGAGGAUGCCUUGCUGAGCCUGGGCUCUGUCAUCGAUGUCGUCGGCCUGCAGCGGGCUGUCAAGGAGGCCCUCUCGGUUGUGCUCCCCAGAGUGGAGACUGUCUACACCUACCUGCUGGACGGCAACUCCCGCCUGGUGUGUGAGGACCCCCACCACGAGCUGCCCCAGGAGGGGAAAGUCCGAGAGGCUGUGAUCUCUGGGAAGCGACUGGGCUGCAAUGGACUGGGCCCCUCGGACCUGCCAGGGAAGCCCUUGGCCAGGCUGGUGGCUCCACUGCCUCCGGACACCCAAGUGCUGGUCAUACCGCUGGUGGACAAGGAGGCCGGGGCUGUGCCAGCCGUCCUCGUGGUGCACUGUGGCCAGCUGAGCGACAGGGAGGAGUGGAGCCUGCAGGCGGUGGAGAAGCAUACCCUGGUGGCCCUGCGGAGGGUGCAGGCCCUGCAACAGCGCGGGCUCGGCGCGGCCCCCGGAACCGUCCAGAGCUCGGAGGAAGACCAGAAGGGCGCCACUGAGUACACGGACCAAGACCGAAAGAUCCUGCAGCUGUGCGGGGAACUCUAUGAUCUGGAUGCCUCUUCCCUGCAGCUCAAAGUGCUCCAAUACCUGCAACUGGAGACCCAGGCGUCCCGGUGCUGCCUCCUGCUGGUGUCAGAGGACAAUCUCCAGCUUUCCUGCAAGGUUAUCGGAGACAAAGUGCUGGGAGAAGAGAUCAGCUUUCCUCUGGCAGGACGCCUGGGCCAGGUGGUGGAAGACAAGAAGUGUAUCCAGCUGAAGGACCUCACCUCUGAGGAUGUGCAGCAACUUCAAACCAUGUUGGGCUGUGAGCUGCAGGCCAUGCUUUGUGUCCCUGUCAUUAGCCGGGCCACUGACCAAGUGGUAGCCUUGGCCUGUACUUUCAACAAGCUUGGAGGAGACUUGUUCACAGCCCAAGAUGAGCAUGUGAUCCAGCACUGCUUCCACUACACCAGCACAGUGCUCUCCAGCACCCUGGCCUUCCAGAAGGAGCAGAAGCUCAAGUGUGAGUGCCAGGCUCUUCUCCAAGUGGCAAAGAACCUCUUCACUCACUUGGACGAUGUCUCUGUCCUGCUGCAGGAGAUAAUUACAGAGGCCAGAAACCUCAGCAAUGCCGAGAUCUGCUCCGUGUUCCUGCUGGAUCAGAACGAGCUGGUGGCCAAGGUCUUCGACGGGGGCGUGGUGGAUGACGAGAGCUACGAGAUCCGCAUCCCCGCCGACCAGGGCAUCGCGGGCCACGUGGCGACCACGGGCCAGAUCUUGAACAUCCCAGACGCAUAUGCCCAUCCACUUUUCUACCGCGGCGUGGACGACAGCACCGGCUUCCGCACGCGCAACAUCCUCUGCUUCCCCAUUAAGAACGAGAACCAGGAGGUCAUCGGUGUGGCCGAACUGGUGAACAAGAUCAAUGGGCCGUGGUUCAGCAAGUUCGACGAGGACCUGGCGACAGCCUUCUCCAUCUACUGCGGCAUUAGCAUCGCCCAUUCUCUCCUGUACAAAAAAGUGAACGAGGCCCAGUACCGCAGCCACCUGGCCAAUGAGAUGAUGAUGUACCACAUGAAGGUCUCUGAUGAUGAAUAUACCAAACUCCUCCAUGACGGGAUCCAGCCUGUGGCCGCCAUCGACUCUAACUUCGCCAGUUUCACCUACACCCCUCGCUCUCUGCCUGAGGAUGACACGUCGAUGGCCGUCCUGAGCAUGCUGCAGGACAUGAAUUUCAUCAACAACUACAAAAUCGACUGCCCGACACUGGCCCGGUUCUGUCUGAUGGUGAAGAAGGGCUACCGGGACCCGCCCUACCACAACUGGAUGCACGCCUUUUCUGUCUCCCACUUCUGCUACCUGCUCUACAAGAACCUGGAGCUCACCAACUACCUCGAGGACAUCGAGAUCUUUGCCUUGUUUAUUUCCUGCAUGUGUCACGAUCUGGACCACAGGGGUACAAACAACUCCUUCCAGGUGGCCUCGAAAUCCGUGCUGGCUGCGCUCUACAGCUCCGAGGGCUCUGUCAUGGAGAGGCACCACUUCGCUCAGGCCAUCGCCAUCCUCAACACCCACGGCUGCAACAUCUUCGAUCACUUCUCCCGGAAGGACUAUCAGCGCAUGCUGGACCUGAUGCGGGACAUCAUCCUGGCCACAGACCUGGCCCACCACCUCCGCAUCUUCAAGGACCUCCAGAAGAUGGCCGAAGUGGGCUAUGACCGAACCAACAAACAGCACCACAGACUCCUCCUCUGCCUCCUGAUGACCUCCUGUGACCUCUCGGACCAGACCAAGGGCUGGAAGACCACAAGAAAGAUCGCGGAGCUGAUCUACAAAGAAUUCUUCUCCCAGGGAGACUUGGAGAAGGCCAUGGGCAACAGGCCGAUGGAGAUGAUGGACCGCGAGAAGGCCUACAUCCCCGAGCUGCAGAUCAGCUUCAUGGAGCACAUCGCCAUGCCCAUCUACAAGCUCUUGCAGGACCUGUUCCCCAAGGCAGCGGAGCUGUACGAGCGCGUGGCUUCCAACCGGGAGCACUGGACCAAGGUGUCCCACAAGUUCACCAUCCGCGGGCUGCCAAGCAACAACUCGCUGGACUUCCUGGACGAGGAGUACGAGGUGCCUGACUUGGAUGGCGCUGGGGCUCCCAUCAAUGGCUGCUGCAGCCUCGAUGCUGAGUGACCCCCGGGCCCCUGCCCUGCCCAGGCCUCCUCCUCCCAUCCUUCACCUAUCUGGCCAGGUGCACUGGAAACUAGAGCCUAGGUCCUAGGUUCUAGAACAGGACUUCCCAGGCGACCUGGGUCCAGAGCUGACCUUCCUGGGCAUCGGCUUUCUCAUCUGUACAAUGGAAGCAAGACUUCCAACCUCUCCAAGACUUUGUUAUUUGUCCUCUGAGAGCACAGGGUGACCGAUGAGCAAGGCCCACUGUGUGCCUCUGACCACACCUUGGCAAGUUCUCCCCAGCCCUCCUUCCUCUGAGUGGCCCGGAUGGUCUCUCCUGUGUCCAUUCCCACCCUCCCAGCUCUGUGCUCUCUUCCCCUGGGGGGUUCCACCCCAUGGGGUCUCCUUAGAAGGGGAUGGUGGGGCGUCUGAGUGAGGUCUUAACACCGUCAUUACUUCUGCCAUGGGGCUGGGUACCCUGACAACCAGCGCUGGAUUAAAGGGGAGCUGAGGACUGGGGAUGCGGGAAGACCUGGUGGGCAGGGAGGGUCCCUGGGCUGGGACACGGGUCCAGGUGUGAGUCAGCAGCACUUCCUCCUGGCUCUGUGGCCCUGGGCAAGUCCCCUGCCCUAUGUGGACAACACAGGAGGGAAGACAAUCUGACAAUCAGUGCUCUAAGACCCGCUCUGUAGAACCUCCACAGAGGCCGUGGGCUUCUCUGCCACCCUAGGGCACAGAGAGCCCCACCCCAGUCCCUCUGUGGUCCCCUGAGUGUGCCCUUGGCCUGAGGCCCUCCCCCUUUCCUACAGCCAGAGAGGGACCUGGCCUCAGCUCAGGCAGGGCGUCUCUCCUCUUCAAGGCCAUAUCCACCUGUGCCCCAGGGCCUGAGAGGCCCCAGAGGGCUGGCUUCUUGGCUUCUCGGGCCAGCCUCACCGGUGGGUUCCCUCUUCUCUGUUCUGUUCUGUACCGUGUUGUGGGGUGGGGGGAGGGGGGCCACCUGCCUUACCUAUUCUGAGUUGCCUUUAGAGAGAUGCGUUUUUCUAGGACUCUGUGCAACUGUUGUAUAUGGUCUCGUGGGCUGACCGCUUUGUAUAUGAGAAUAAAUCUAUUUCUUUCUACCAA